AUGGUCCGCCAAUUCAAGCAUCACGAGCAGAAACUCCUCAAGAAGGUCGACUUUCUGAAUUGGAAGCAGGAUGCGGACCUACGGGAGAUCAAGGUAAUGCGCAGGUAUCACAUCCAGGACCGAGAGGACUAUCAUAAAUACAACAAACUUUGCGGUUCCGUCCGCUCUUACGCGCACCGCCUGUCCAUUCUCCCCGCACAGGACCCCUUCCGCACACGGAUGGAGGGACAGAUCCUGUCAAAACUUUACGACAUGGGGGUUCUUAACUCGACGGCGAAGCUCAGCGACGUCGAGAACAAGCUCACAGUUGCGGCAUUCUGCCGCCGCCGGCUCGCCGUCAUAAUGUGCAUGUCGAAGAUGGCGGAGACAGUCAGCGCGGCGGUCAAGUUCAUCGAGCAGGGCCACGUCCGAGUUGGACCUGACACGAUCACGGACCCCGCGUAUCUUGUCACGCGGCAUACGGAAGACUUCGUGACGUGGGUAGACCAGUCUAAGCUGAAGAGGACAAUCAUGAGAUACAACGAUGAGCUCGACGACUACGAUCUUCUUUAG